UGCAAUCUAGUAUAUGUGCCACCACUAUAAAAUAACACGCGCGUUGUAAUAUUUUUUUUAUUUCAUUUGUUGAUGCAAUAAAUUGUGUGUGUCUCUUAGCGACCAUGUGCAGCAUUGGUGAGGACGAUUUUGGGGAUGAGGGAGGCAUGCAUGCCAUGUUGCCCAGCUCAGUGGAAUCCCAAGCUGUCACUACUGCUGGCGAUUGCACCAAGUGUUCACAACCAGCAGAGGAGCUUUACAAAUUAAACUUUCGUCAGCCAGAAUGUCGCGCUUGUUUCCUCAACUAUGCGAGACACAAGUUUCGCGCUGCUUUGGGUGCAUCCAAAGCGCUGCCACGCGGAGCUGAAGUGCUGCUAUUGAUCGACGGCACUCCUGAGUCCUUGGUGCUGCUAGACAUGCUACAUUAUGCCCAGACCCAGAACACCUUCAAACGACUGCACUGUAAUGUACGCGUGCUCUACAUAGACGCCGGGAGCAGCUUAAGUAAGCGAGAUCCAUUGCCAGCAUUGCGCGAUUGUCAAAGGCGUUACACACCCUUCGAAUUCCAUGUGGUGCAUUCGAAUGCGACGCCUGAUAGCGUACAACUGCUGGAUAAUUACAUAGCUAUAGCUGAGCCCAAGCAGCUCGAGAAGCAUCGAAACUUGACAGCACAUCAGGAUUAUGCACAACAACAACGCAAGCGUCUCAUGGGCGCUGUGGCUGCGCAGCUGAGAUGUAGUCAUAUUUUUGAGUCAAGCAUAUGCAGCACGCUAGCCACACAGCUCUUGAGCUCAAUUGCCUUAGGUCGGGGUGGCAGCGUAGCCUUAGAUGUAGCUCUUUUCGAUGAUCGCUUGCCAGCGCAAGUUAAGCUGCUACGUCCCUUAAAAGACCUCAAUGCGCAGGAGGUGCAGUUGUAUGUGAAGGCGCAACAGCUGCAAGCGUUCCCUACAAUAAAUGAGCUUGAUAAAGAUUCAGCUAGUUUGCAAAAUCUAACCAAGUCCUUUGUUGACAAUCUGCAGUUGAAUUAUGCAUCCACAGUGUCGACAAUUUUUCGAACGGGCGAUAAAAUUGCUGCUAAAAGAUGCUUGAACGUGGAAGUAGAUGCCAAAUGCGCGCUUUGUCAAUCUGAUCUGGAAGAAGAGACUUCAGAUACAUUGCUGGCAAUUGAAUACUCGCGUUCUGUGUCUGAGGCAGGCGCUGCACUGCAGCAGCGUCAAAGCAUCGAGCAGCUGGAAAAAUGUGCUAGAGAGCGUUUGUUGUCCUCGAGGGAUUUGUGUCAUGCUUGUAGUAAUAUAAAAACAGAGCUGGGCAUAGCCUUGACUUGAUUAAAGUUUAAAAUUAAACUAAA